AGAUUCCCUUCUCUACCUUUUUCUUUGUUUCGACGCGACCGAUCGAUCUGCCUCUUCGAUUUUUCGACAAACGACUCGUUUGUCUCGGGACUUCGGGAUUCUGUGAAAUCGUUCACGACGGAGUGUAAAUUUCAAUAGCAAAGAUCGACCAUGAAGAGUCGAGUGCCCAGCUCUCGCGAGCGAUUCGUCAGCUUCUUUUGGAAAGUCGUCUGCUGGCUUUGGGAGACCCUCGACCUCGUUCUCAUCAUCGUGCUCGACUAUUGGGCGAGGAUGAUCGAAUUGAUACUCGUGCUGAUGAACAUAACGUUUCAGGUGAUCUGCUUCCUCCGGGACUUGUGCAUCGACUCGAUGCAGACGUUCGCCAAUGUUUUCCGAGGGAUCGUCAACGUCGUCGGCGGCAUCAGCCGCGAAGACGUCGAGGAUUUCGCCUCCGCUUGUAUCGUCGUGUUCUUGUACACCGUGGCCGUGAGGAUGUUUGUGAACCUUCUGAGAAAGGUAUACACGACGGGAAGGUACGCGAGACUCGCGUCUCCGCUACCACGUGACGUGGUGGAGAAGACCACGGUGCAAAAACCAGGUAAACCAACCACCUCUAUUUUACACGUCGAACGUCCAGCGUCGACCGUUUGCUCUCAAACUCCAACGUUUCGCGCGUCCGGCGAUCACGUUAAACGCACGCGACUCAACGCAACGUCACGUCCGAUACUUCAGAAUCCCUAUGUGAAACUGUUCAACGUCCCCGAACAACGGACCGCGCGGCGGGGCAAUAAUAACAACAAUCCGACGAUGAGAGGUCACGCUCGGGACGCCGACAGGAAGCCGGGCAGACGGAUGAACCAAAGGAAUAACAGGCGACACCGGCCAAUACUGGAGAGCAACUGA